UUUUACCUGCUUUGACUUAAGAUUCAUGCAUUCACGACGUUUCUCGAAUAAUAUGAACUAACGUUUUCGACUGACAUAGAUUUACCAAGCGAAUACUUUGCGAAGUUGACUAAAUAUUAGCGUGAUAAAUACUGCUAUGUAUGAGUAUUAAUUGAACUAAUUAAUACAAUUUUCGUGACAGCUGGCAAACCUUGAAUUACGUCUAUUUGUAGUGAUUAAAAAAAAAAAAAACGCGGAUCAUUGACCACCUCGUGCUAACGUUUGUACUGGAAAAUGGCCAAAUGGGGAGAAGGUGAUCCUCGGUGGAUCGUUGAGGAACGACCUGAUGCCACGAAUGUGAAUAACUGGCACUGGACGGAGAAAAAUGCCGGGCCCUGGUCGAAAGAUCGGCUGAAAGAGUUAUUGAAUAACUUGAAGAUAGCGCAAAAUGGUAUAGACUGUAAGAUUACUGAAGUAGAGAAAAUUGACGGAGAGGCAACUGCAAAUAAUAGGAAAGGAAAAUUAAUCUUUUUCUACGAAUGGGAUAUUAAACUAAAGUGGGAAGGUGUGUUGGCUGGAGCCAAGGAUAAGGUGAAGGGUGAGGUUCACAUCCCGAACUUGUCCGAAGAAAACGAUGUCAGUGAAGUAGAUAUGACUGUCACAAUCAAAGGCAGCGGUGAUGAAGCUCAGAGACUAAAGGCAUUCAUGCAUAAUGUCGGACGAGAUGAGAUUCGAAAGCAAUUGAAGGAGUACAUCAGAAGUUUGAAAGAGGAAUUCUCGAAGGGCUUAAUCCUGCCCAAGAAGGGGGAAACCCCAAUCAAGCCAGACAAUGUUUCAACAAUCACGAGCGGAUUUAAUAAGAAAAUUAACAUGGAACCAGUUAUCAGUUCACAGAAUACGCCAAUUGGUUGUAAAUUAGACACGAAAACGAUCGAGCUCUCUGAGUCAUUUCAAUGUCGGGCUCAAGAGUUUUAUGAUGCAAUGACACGAAUAGAAAUGGUAACGGCUUUCACUCAGGGUCACGUAAAAAUGGAAGCUGAAAAGGGUGGCAAGUUUUCUCUGUUCGGUGGCAACGUUAGUGGUGAAUUCCGAGAAUUGGUUCCCGGUAAAAAGAUUGUUCAGUACUGGAGAUACAAACAGUGGCCUGAUCAACAUUUUUCUGAAGUUACCUUCAAUAUUGAAGAAAAGGAUGACCAUACUUUAGUAUCUCUGAAGCAAGAUCUAGUUCCAGCGACGGAAGUAGAUCAGACUCGCGAAAACUGGAAACGAUAUUACUUUGACAGCAUCAAGAGAGCGUUCGGCUUUGGAGCCUUCCUGUGAUUUCAGCUUGAAUUAGACAAAUUAGGUUCAAUUGUAUCGCACCACAAUACAUUGAAGAUCGUUAGAAUUGGCAAGUUUGCAAUUUUAUUUUGUAAACUUCGGGGAUGGAUAAAAUGAUUUAGCGAUUUUUAUUGAAAACUUUUAUAUUAUGUUAUUAUUGUAUUAAGUUAUGAGCUACUUAAUGAUUAAAAGAAGGUUUAAUAUGUUUUGUGUGCUACCUUAAUACAUUAAAUGGUAUCUAAUACCUGCAUUGAAUUUUUUAAUUGUAUAUGUAUGAAUUUUUGUAUACAUAUUUGUUUUUAAAUCUACCCUCAAGGGUAAAUAACAGGGCUAUUAUUAUUUUUUUUCGAAAUAUCGCCAAAUAAUUUUUCAAUCGCUUUAUACUUUUGUCUAACCCCUGUAUAGAAUCUGUGAUUUCGAAUCCAUUGUUUUCAAAACAUGUAUAACAUUCGCUUUAGUAUUUGUGUACAUUUAAAGUUCAAUAGUAUUUGUAUCACCAUCUCAUUGCUUCACUAGCAUAUUGUGAAACUCUUUAAUUUAUGGUUUUUCAAAUAAAUUAUGUUAAGAUGUAUUAAAA